CUACCUAACAAAUACCAUUCUCUUAUUUACAUCUAACUCUCUUCUAUAUUUCUAACAUACAACAUUACACUUAUCUUUCAUACCAUCAUCAAUCAUCAUCAAAUCUUACUCUUCUUUCUCUUCUCUUCUUCAGCUCCUAAGUUGUUCAUCAUGGUAAACGAAGUGAUGGUAGAUGAUAUUGCUUUUUCGCCUGAAGUUACAUUGACUAAAACGCUGCCUCUAAUGGGUUAUGGCUGCACAGAACUUGAAAUUCACUUUCUACAAAUAAAGUUCACAGCAGUAGGAGUCUACAUUGAAAAGGAAGUGAUUCAACAUUUGCAGAAAUGGAAGGGCAAAUUAGGGAAAGACCUAGCCCAAGAUGAUGAAUUUUUUGAAGCUCUUACAUCAGCACCUGUGGAAAUUGUAAUUAAAGCAGUGGUAAUCAAGGAGAUUAAGGCUUCGCAAUUGGGCACCCAGUUAGAGGGUUCAGUAAGGGACCGUUUGGCAGCCAUUGACAAGUAUGAAGAGGAAGAAGAAGUUGCACUUGAGGAGGUUGCUCAGUUUUUCCCCACCAAAUACCUUAAGAAAAACUCAUUCUUCACUUUCAGCUUCUCUUCUACUGGAACGGCUGAGAUAUCAAUAACGACGGAUGAAAAAGAAGAAUCAAAGUUAAAAGUGGUUAACAAAAAUGUAGUGGAGAUGAUCAAGAAAUGGUAUUUAGGAGGAAGCAGGUCAGUGACUCCUUCAACAAUGGAGUGCUUGGCUAACAACCUCUCAGCUGCAUUAUCAAAGUAAUUGUAAUUCUAUGUGUUCCUUUUGAUUUCUACUUCUAAUUAUAAGAGGAAACUAUAUAUUUGUUGUUAUGGUGGGAAUUCUUUUAAUUUUUCAUAGACUAAUAAUAAUCAUUUCCUCAUAAGUGCUAAAUUUCAA